AAAAGGGGGGAGAAACCGAGUGAUUAUUUCAGUAGUGACGUGGGCUGUCAGAAGGAAGAUUGGAGUCGGUGCCUCCAGCUCCUCGUAGCUCAGACGUCUUCCGGAGCCCCCACGAGGCUGGUGAUCCCCAUCUUUACCCUCCGUCACUACUCAGUUGUCGCCCUCAGGAACCUACCCCCACCACCGCCACCAUGAACGAGAGUAUUGUUGACUCGCUGGACAAAGACCAGAUCAACGGUCUGCGGAAGGCCUUCGAUGCCUUCGACACGGACAAGAAGGGAUCCAUCAACGUAGACACCAUCACCACCAUCUUGAGGAUGAUGGGUGUCAAGGUCUCCGAGAAGAACCUUCAGGAAAUCAUCUCCGAGGUCGACGAAGACGGUUCCGGAGAGUUGGAGUUUGAAGAGUUCUGCGCCUUAGCUGCCAAGUUCCUUAUAGAAGAGGACGAAGAGUCCUUGAAAGCGGAGUUGAAAGAAGCGUUUCGUAUAUACGACAAACAAGGUGACGGCUACAUAACGACGCAAACGCUGAAGGAGAUCCUCCGCGAGCUGGAUAACAAGCUAACGGAGGAGGACCUGGAUGGCAUCAUCGACGAGGUCGACGAGGAUGGAUCCGGCACUCUCGACUUUGACGAGUUCAUGGCGAUGAUGGCCGGGUAAAGCUUUCUUCCCACUGUCCUGAAGCCUCGCACUACUCGCUCCCAAUUCACUCGCUUCAACUGCUCCUUCCACUUCUACUAGACUCAUCCACCCUCCCGCUCCUCCACUACAACAACAUCCACGCCCACUCACUCGCUCUAUCCUCCUGAAUCCACAUUCCCGUUCUCAUUUUCAGAGUUCAUGGAGAUGAUGACUGGAUAAUUACAACCUCUUAACACAAAAAUAAAUACAAAUUCAGAUUUUGCCAAGUAUGUCUUAAUAUUGCAUCCUCCGAGUCCUUCCCCCCCCCCCUGAUCUUGAUAUCAUGGCGACUUCCCCCCCCCCCUGAUCUUGAUAUCAUGGCGACUUCCACCCCCUCCUGAUCUUGAUAUCAUGGCGAAACUAGUGAUCUCAUCCAACCAGCCAAUCAGUGUGUCAACAGCAACGAUAACGGAACCCAAUCAUCCCGGUAAGCUCUAAUGUCAUGAACCUGCUGAUCAUCUGGGGCCAAAGCUGUUUGGAACUGCUUAAUUAACAGCCAUCGCAGCGAAGAAGACAUCACCAGACUAGUGAAAACAAACUUCCAACUAGAAUGUGUAACUAUUUAUUCCUCGGACCAACCACUGUGCAAGUUAGGAGAUUUAACCAUAAUAAGAACUGUUAAUGAAGAUGGUCGAAUGAGUUGUGGAGUUGGGACAGAGACGUCCUCUAAUAUAAAAAAAAUAAACCAAAUCAAUACAAUAUGUUUUAUCCAAGUAACAGAGAGGAAACUAUAUGGCCUCCUGAGUCCCUGGGACUCUCUGAAACUGCCAAUAGAUCUAUGUUGAAAUCUGUGUCUUUGUUUCUCUUUUUUUCAGUGAGUAAGCACCGAGUUGUUGUCAUAUAUGUGGGAAGAAUGCAACAUAAAUAUAUAUAUAUAUAUAUAUAUAUAUAUAUAUAUAUAUAUAUAUAUAUAUAUAUAUAUAUAUAUAUAUAUAUAUAUAUAUAUAUCCAUAUAUACUCUAGCACUUACGCUUCAUUUUCCUUCCAUUCAUGCUAGUUUCACGCUGUUUACAAGUAAGUUUUGUAAAUCAUGAUUCUUCCAUGUUUAUGUUAACUCAGUGUUCAACAUGAUUCUGCUUUACUGUUUAAGAAUGACAAAUAAAGUCACAAACGUU